GUUGGCGUCACAUUGGCGUCUGUUUUCAAUUUUAAUUUAAAUCGAAAAUCAAAAUCGGGUAUGGAUGGAUGCCCACUACAAAAAACUAAACACCGAGCUAAUAGCCGAGGUGCAAUCCUUGCGCUUAAGGCUGAGCGAAAUGAGAAGAACUGAAGUUGCCUUGCAAGCACUAUUAUUUGAUGAACGUGCCGAGCACCAGAAAACGCUGAGGCGAGCGGUCAACAAAUUUGUCCAGAGUUUGGGUAUUCCCAUUGGAACGGAACUAGAGGCUGAUAUCACAAGAACAACUACAGAUGUCGAGCAAUCAACGGCCCCCGCCCGACGAACACGGUCCAUUAUUGAACGGCGUGCAUCUGUGGAACGCCGCUCUUCUGUGGAACGUCGCACAUCUUUGGCUCCACGCAUUUCGUCAUCAUCUUUAACCUUGUCGCCCACUGACAGGAGACGAAGUAUUUCUGCACAGAGCAUGGAGCUCGAGGAGGAAGAGCAACAACAACAGGAACCAACAGAAAUCACCACGCCACUUCCACGGCGUGUAGCAGAACUUGAAUUCGACGAUUCUGAAUCGCCGAUUCCAGACAAUGGAACGACAAGUGCCGUAUCAGCAGACGAGAGUCCACGGCCUAAUUUAUUCCUUAUAGUCGAAGAGUCAGCCAUGGAUAUAUCAUCCGCAUCGGAAUCGAUUGCCACCGUGAGCGAUGAUACUUCAAUUAGCUUGCGUGGAGCAAAUGUCAAGACGCCUUCACCCUCAGGACGAGUCUUACGUGAUUUAAGUAUUAAUGUGCCCACCAUAACCGUUACCCGUGGCAUGAAGUCCCUUCAACGAUCGUCUGCCAUUCUGUGCGACACCACAAACGAAGAUAAUGAAGAGAUGAGUGUGCAGGAGAUAAGGCAUGCUCCAUCACGUUCACCAGGAUAUUCGAGACUAAAACUGACCUUAGGUGAAAAUAAUCCCAAUUUGCUUAUGGUUACACCGCGGCGUAGUCAAUUUAAUAGCAUUAGCACUGCUCCCGGAUGCACUAGCACUCCAUGCGACUUGUCCAGCGAAUUAAAAGUGCGGAAGAAGAAGCAAAAGGAUCAAAAAACUCAGUCAGAGGAAGAAGAGGAGGAAAAGCCACUGAACACGAGUUAUAGCUGUCGUCCAAGUCGCUCGUGUCGACCAACAACUCUGGUAGAACCAAAACUUUCCACAAAACUGAGAAAUGAGUCUGCAACUAAAAAACCCACCACUAAGAGAAACACUAGAUCUAAGUCAAGUAAUUAAAUUUAAUUUGUAUAUCCCAAAACGGAGCCAUCAACACUCUAUAUCUACCAAAAACAAUACUUAAUUCAA